AUGGCAACAGCAAAAACACACACCGACUCCGGCCAGGAGAACUUCUUCCGCAUGAGCAUUUUAAUUGUAGAUUAUGCCCUCAAGGUCGUGCAAGAUAUUCUCCAGAAAGAGCUAAGAAAAAAGUAUCCCAAUUUAUUUGACCCCAACACGGGUUUUCUGAAUAAGGUGCUUAGUGAUAAAACGGUCUGGAACUUACUGCUUGGAUUAUCACCAAAAAUCUUUAAUCACCACCAGCGAAACCAACUGUAUCCUGCUGGUAAUCCCUCCACAUCAGUAACUGUUGGUGAUUUAGACCUCACACUGACUGUGCUUUUGCUGAGGAAUGUCACUUCGUUGAACCCUCAUCCUCGGUUGAACGCAUGGGACAAUCCCUCUGACACAGACCCAUCAACAGAGGCCACUAUAGGACGAAUUAAAAGAUAUCGAAAUACCGUGUAUGGCCAUGCAAACAAGGCAGCCAUCAGCGAUCAUGACUUCAGGGCAUAUUUUUCAGGGUUAAAAUCCAAUCUCUUGGUUCUCUCUAGUAGGUUCACAAACGAGGAUUAUGACACAAUCUUGUGUGAACCUCUUGAUGCUAGUUUACUCAGGAAAUACUGGGGCGUUUUGGAAGAGUGGAGCAAUUAUGACGAAGAUGUGAAGUAUACAAUUGGAGCUGGGUUUAAGAGAAUCUCAGAGGAGAUCACACAGUUGUUUGAUGGUCAAUCGGAGCUAAAGAAACUGUGUCUUGGAAAAGAUCAGCAUGAACAGAACACAAAAGAAAUCAUCAUGGCAUGUGAUCCGUGGAAGCUGGCCAUCCAAAAAGACUAUGAGUCAUUACAACAAGGCUCAAGUGAAGCCACCAACACUGUUCCUACGUGUACACAAGAUGUGAAAGAUGAACCCAGCUCUGCUCAGUGUAAAACAGAACAGCCAUUACAACAGAACUCAGUUAAAGAAACCACCAAUAUUCCUAUUCCUCCAACAGAUGAAGAAAGGACAGACAGACCUUGCUCUUGUCAGUGUGAGUCAAUACCCAGUCGUGGUUACUAUCACCUGACAUGUCACAAGUGUUUAUUGCCCUAUAGCAUAGUUCUGUUCAUACUGACCUCGUUCAGAUAUAUCUGGCAGCAGUUGAAGCACAUUUAUCAAGUACUAAGACCAAUCCCUUACCAUGUGUUCAUCUAUAGCAAACUUCUGUUUGUACUGACCCCCUUCAAAUAUGUUAGACACCUAAUGAAGAGGUUUUAUCAAGUAUCGAUGCAGCUGCUUCAUCCCCUAGCCCAGCAGACACGUAAUGAUAUGAUCGAACCUUGGGUUUCUGGCUCAAACACACAGCGUUUGGUAUAUCUUUUUCAUUUUGUAGGGUACAACUUAGCUUGGAUCCAUGUUCUUUUUGUAAUGAUGCCAGGAAUGAUAUUCACCACUAUAUUCAUUACAUUAAUUCUAAGCUGUAUUCUAGGUAAUGCAACCCAAAACAGGCUAAUAACUUCUGCAUAUAGAACAUUCAAAGCCAUUGUGUCUCCUUCACAAAAGUUUUGGGGUACUUUAUUUGUAUUGUGUUCAUGUGUGGUCAGAUUUUAUAUGUUACCAGCUUUAAUUAAUGUGGAAUUUAUAUUUGUUUUUGUACUUACAAUACUGUUGAUUGUGAUACUACUAGUAGAAUAUUAUAUGGUAGAGUCAGUUCUGGUCUCCAUACCAAAAUCAUCUUUAAUCAUAAUGAACAUACUUGACAAUGUAUGUUCCUUGGUAUGUUUCUUCAAUACUCCCUCAUUUCUUUUAAGCUAUCCAUUGCUGCACAUUGUGUUAUGUUCCAUUUUAAUAUCACAUAUUGAUGACAAACUCCAUAUGUAUGUCUCCUUAAGACAUUUACGCUCUCAAUUCACAUGUGAUUCUAAUAAAAUAAUUGUCUGGUACCUGCUGCUACAUAUACUUUUAUUAAUGUGUGAUAAGGAAGCUGUUAGCUACCCCUUGGUUGCCUCAGAUCAAGAUAACAGAGUCCAGAUAGACAGUCUGCUGUAUUAUAUGGUCACCAAUAUGACUACACUGUGGAAACUAGCUAUUAAGAAAAACUCCACUGAACUAAUGAAAGACAUGGAGGUUUCAGAAAUGAUGCCAUAUUUGUAUGAAAACAAUAUCCUCACUGAUCAUCAGCAUGAUGACAUACAAAAUGCUACUGGGAGAGAAACUCGGGGUAAGAUUCUUCUUGGUUAUAUACUGAGGAAGGACCCUGCCCUGGAUCCCUUUGGGCAUUUCAUUUGUGCCCUCCAGUGUACAAACCAGAAUCAUUUGGCUGAAAGUCUGACCAAUUCAUACAACUGGCUAGAACAAGAAGGCUAUGGAAAUAUGGAUGUUCCAGAAGAAAUUCUGAAUGACCCUUGCAUAUGUAACUUUGAAUCUGCUCCAACUCUGAGUGUUUAG